GGUGUUUAAGGAUUCGAACGCACCUCAUCAAGUCAUUCAUUCCCGCUGUUGAGUUAAAAAGGAGGAAAAGAAAAGAAAACGUGUACUUCCUCCUCCUUCAUUCUCACUUCCGAGGGGUUUUUGCAGCUUCUUCUCCUUCUCAUCUCCGUCUAACUUCCGUCAUAAACAAUUCUCUCCGUCUCUCUAAAAUCAUCUGUUCAUCUUCUGAGUCUUCCUUUAAUUCUGAUGUCGGUAUCAGAAAAGAGAUCUUCAAAUCCAAUUUCGUCAAAUCCCCAAUUCCAAUUGAAUUCUCGAAAUCCACAAUCUACUUCUUCAUCUUCUUCUGGUUUUGCUAACGGUGGUUCUACUUUAAACCACCGUCAAUACCCUUUCUCUCCUUCAUCUACUGCUUCUACUACUAAACCCUCUUCCGCUUUUUCUCUCUCUUCUUUGUCUUCUUCUCUUGUUGGAUGUAAUCGUACAGCUGUUGCUGCUGCUGGAGGUGGUGGUGGCGGCAAGUUAGAAACAUUCUACAGAGACGCUACUGCAAAAGCGAUUGUUGAGAAAGAUGGCCGUGCUCAGGCUGGAGAAUGGGUCACUAACAAAGAACAAUUAGAGGCUAUUAGUAGCCAGGGUACAUCUAUGUCAGGCGUAGGUUGCAAGCGUUACCAGACUGGUGAAAGGGUAAACGGCCAGGGGUAUACAGACGCAGCUAACAGUCCUCUUCAUCCAGCCUCAGCCGGUACCAAGCGUUACGGCAGAACGAGUACGAAAAAUACAAGUUCUGGUCCUCAAACGUCUCAAUCAACUGAUGACUUUGCAGCUAAUUUACUAACACCAACUGGUAGCUGUCGAUACGAUAGUUCUUUAGGUUUGCUAACAAAGAAAUUCAUAAGCUUGAUCCUGGAGGCCAAGGAUGGCAUUCUUGAUCUGAACAAAACUGCAGAUAUUCUAAAGGUACAAAAGAGGAGAAUAUAUGAUAUUACUAAUGUUCUUGAAGGAAUAGGAUUAAUAGAGAAAACAUCGAAGAACAAUAUAAGAUGGAAGGGGCUUGGGAUGCAAAUGCCAAUGGAUCUGGAUGACGAAGUUACUAAACUAAAGGCUGACAUAGAAAGUGAAUAUGAUGAAGAACGCAGGCUUGACACAAAGAUAAGAGCAAAACAAGAGAGGCUGAGGAGCUUGGGUGCUGAUGAGAACUGUCAAAGGUUUCUCUUCUUAACCGAAGAAGAUAUCAUGAGCAUCCCAAACUAUCAGAAUAACACACUUAUUGCAAUAAAAGCUCCUCAAGCAAGCUCUCUUGAAGUCCCAGAUCCUGACGAGGUGGUCGAUUAUCCACAGAAGCACUUCCGGAUGAUAGUUAGAAGCACAACAGGACCUAUUGAUGUGUACUUAGUGAGCAAAUACCAAGAGGGGCCAGAGGAUAUAAUUGUUAAGCGAGGCGGGCAAAUACAUUCAAAUAUGGAGACAAGUGACUUCAGAAGGGAAGGCACAUGCUCGAGACAAGUACAAGAUACUGGUUGCUUAUCCAAUGCACAACAGGAUCGAGAAAAUCAAAAUGUUUCCUGCGACUCACUAGGCUCCCUGAAUUCUGCCACUGGCAUUCAGAAAAUUGUUCCAUCAGAUGCUAAUAUUGACGAUGAUUAUUGGUUCCGGUCAGAUCUUGAAGUGAGCAUUACAGAUUUGUGGGCAACCGAGGAUUGGGCUGAAGUAGAUGAAUUACUUAAAGACAACGACGAGUUACCAGAGAGUACUAGUAAUGCAACAUCAACCCAACAUGUUCCUCAGGUACCAAUACCAUCAUCAGGUGUUGUGGUGAAUGGACUUUGUAUGGAGAAGACUUGAGAAAGGAAAGCUAAGUUUGUAAAGCUACUGGAGGGUCAAAAUUUUCUUGUAUUAUUAACAUUGAUUUAUCUAAUGAGAAGUUGGAGAAGCAUUUAGGAUUCUGUUUCUCCGUCCUAAGGAAACAUGGAUACACACUUACGGGCAUGGGCUUUUGUUGUCGACGAAGUUAGAUCUCUAUCGAGUUUGAUCAACUGAUGAGUUAAGAGACAUACAGAACGGUGUUUCUUUAUUAUUGGGGCAGCACCUGACCAUCCUGGAAUUUACAUCCGAUACAUUGAGUAAAUCGGUGAGUUGAUUUUCCAAAUUUUCCAAAAACCUACCGGCGCUUCAAGGAUUUCAAGGGAUUCUUUGGAGUUACAUUUUUUUUCCAUUCGUAAAUAUAGUUUCACAUUUAAUUAAAUUUUGAUUAAUACAAGAGAAACAUUUUACCAAAAAUAGGAGAAAAAUAUGGAACAUUUUGGA